ACAAACAAACCACAUCACAGGACAAGUGGUGCGGAGGAAUAGCAAGAGAGCGACACAAGAAGAGAAUUGUGGGAUUGUGCCUGCGUGUUACACUUGUAUGUGGUGCUUCUAAAUUAAAUGUAUUUUACAUACUGUUAACGAACGAUCAACCAAGCUAAUACCGAAUUUUUAUAUUUAAGUUGGGAAAGUGCAAUUUCGUAAUCUUAAAGAACAAGUAAGAGGCAGCUUUUUGUAAGAAGAUAUUUUCUGUAAGCUUAACUCUUAACAAUUAAUGCUAUUCAUUGUCAAAUGGAGUUAUUGUUUGUUGCUGUUGGCAAACCAGUCCAUGUAAUGGUGAGAGAAAUGUGAAUGUGUGCGCAAAGGCAGGUGUUGCUAGUACCCUAAACCCCUAAAUUCUGUCUGUGAUAUUUAGCUCAAACCUUUGGUGUGCUGGGUGCUACAACUGAUCCUGUCGUUGCCGUUCCUUCCUCAAACCAGUGUGUCCACUGCUUAGGUCGCCAUACAUUGGAGCAACGAGUCGCCCUUACGGUUCUUCCAUGCCAAGUGUUAGAAGUUUCUUUGUCCAAAGUAACUCUAAAACAGGCAGCAAUAGUCAAAGUGCACAAUCAUUGUCUUUUGUGUUGGCGACUGUCAUCAGGGAGUAUUUAUUCUAAUCAAAGGUGUUCAGAAUCCUAGACAUUUUCUUCUUACCAAUCAGCUUAUAGAAUGCAAACUACUGUACAUACAAUGGAAACCGCAGCAAGGUACAACAGCAAUGAUGCUACUUCUAGUCAUAGCGGAGGAAGCAGUUUCUCAGGUGGAACUGGAGUCUAUCGCAGCAAUGGACCGCACAACGAAUCAACCAGAGUUCUUAAUCAGAAUCCUUCUUACGGUGCUCAGUUUAAUUCAUCUGAAAAAUCCAAGUGUCAAAACUACGGUUGUGAAAAUGACUCCAACUCAGAAUCUCCAUAUUCGUGGCAAAAUAUGAAUACUUCUGUUAAUUCCUCAAACAAUUGGAAUGAUGCUAAACCUGUGAUUGGGAGAAGUAUUCACGGGGGUCGUGAUAGCUCUGCCCCAAAAGAAGACAACAUCGUCGAUAACGAAAACUCAUUUCCAGGUAUCCUUGGAGCAGGUAGUGCUGACAACUACACAGAUGAAAAAUCUGCCAAUGGAAAUAAUAGUUUCAAUGCCAACAAUCAACGCUCGAUGCAAAUGCCCCGUCUCGGUCUUUUAGGUGGAGGUGAAGGCUCUAUGGGGACAGCCAAUUGGAAUGCUAAUCAGGGCCAAACAAAUGCUGCCUGGGGAGGAAAUCGACAGAAUAGUGGUGAUAUAAGUGGAGGAUCAAAUCCUGAUAAUUUUGCAGGUACACCAACUAAUAAACCACCUCAAGGAUCUUGGGCUCAAGCUGCAGGUAAAGGUUUGAAUCCUCCUUGCAGUACAAGUGGUGCUCCAAUCCCUUCUGAUUCAUCAAGUAUGCAGCAAGAUUUGCCUCCUACUGCAAGGGAUCUGGCUGAGAAAGAAGCGAAAGAUUUGAGAGUUAAAGCAGCUUUUAGUGAAGGAUGGGGAGUAGUUCCUAUUAAUCAGGACACACCUUGGGAUGUUCCUGAUCCACCAGUAGAAUCGGGUAAAGACAAUCCUCCUCCUGCUCCUUCUCAAGUGUGGCGUGCCCCUGUCAACCAAGGUACUGAAAUCUGGGAAAAUAACUUGCGUGUCAACAAGGGAAGUGGAACAUUGACUGUUCCACCACCGACUACCAAUGUUCCACCUUGGGGUCACACACCUGCUACAAACAUAGGAGGACAUUGGGGUGAUGAUGAUUCAUCCUCAAGUACAUGGAGUGGUCCACCCAACACAAAUCCUAACUCUGCCAACUGGUCAGAUCCUAAUCCUGCAAGUGGAGGCAAUAACAGUGGCAACAUGUGGGGUAACUCUGCUCCUACUGAAAAGCACUGGAGUGGUAAUCCUUCUUGGGCAGAUGGUGCAUGUCCAACUCCUGAUUUAUCUUCUUGGAACAAUGGCAGAGGGCGUCCGUCGGCAAAUUGGUCUCCUAUGGCAACUCCUAAGAAAGAAAUGCCACCGUCAGGAUGGGAACCACCUGCAGCAUCUCCGCCACCAAACCGCCGUGCUGUGGGCAGCAAUUAUGAUGAUGGAACAGCCGUUUGGGGUAAUCCUCAAAGACAGGGUAAAGUUUCACACUGGAAGGAUAUGCCAAGUGCUAAGCCCAUCAUUAAUUCUGCUGGCCCCAUGGUAGGUGCUAAUGGCAUGCUGCCAAAUAUGAGUAAUAUGCCACCCUCUGGCCCAGGAAUGAUCAGAAUACCUGGUAGUAACAAAGUGGACGCCACAUGGAAGCAACAACCGUCGCUCGGUCGCAAUUCAAACUGGCAAGACAUGCCUCCUCAUAGAGACUCUCCUAACAUGUGCAAUUGGAGUGAAGAUGGCAACCAAAUGAAGAAUUAUGGUAACAAUCACGGUGGAUCGUAUGGCAAUAGUUGGAACGACCAGUCUGGCAAUAUGGGUUGGGUAUCAAAACCAAAAUCAAAUGCUGCCAACUGGGCUGAUGGGCAAGUAGAUACCAGCUCUUGGCUCGGACCUGCUAAGCAGAGGACGGAACCCAUGUGGUCUUCAGAAAAUGAUUCAAAGAAGGAUGUGGUUGGAAAUCGCCCAAUCAGUGAUCAUCUUAGCCAAAAAAUUAAGGGUGGUAAACCGUUGUGUAAAGACAUAGUUCAUGCCAGCAAAGCUUUCCGUCUCUUAUCAGAACUUGGAUAUAGAAAGGAAGAUGUAGAAAAUGCUCGGAACUACAAGCGUUGGGUCAAGCUGCUAUGGAUUUGGAUAAUAUUGCUGGUGGUAGAAAGCUGAGAGGAAAUAACAUGUAUGAUGAUGUUCCCAUGCCUGACCAUAACAUUGACUCUUUCAAUCCUGAUAAUCUUCACGGCCCCAACAAUUUCCAAAGUGCUAUUAACUUCCCAGGAAUGGGACAUAACUUCAAGCAACCACCACCCAAAGGUCCCAACAAUAACCUAAUAAAUUCUGCCUUGAAUGGGCAGCAAUUGCAAUCUGGUAAUAUAUCUCCUGCUAUACUCCAAAAACUUCUUCAGCAACAGCAGCAGCAGCAACAAUCUCUUCAAAUGCUAAACUUAAAUAACAUUCAGGGAUUUGGCAAUUCCAAAUUCAACAAUAAUGCUCAACUUCGACAUUUGUGCCAGCAGAUACAAAUGGCUGUUUCUGCUGGUCAUUUGAAUGCUCAGAUACUUAAUCAACCAUUGUCUCCACAAACACUGCAACUCCUUUAUCAGUUAUUGCAGCAAAUCAAAGCCCUUGCAGGAUUACAAAAUCAGCUUCUUCAAGCAACCUCUCAUGGCUCAAAACAGGGUAACAACAAUGCAGCAGUUCUUCAAAUAAAUGUUCACAUUGCUCAAACUAAAUCUAGAAUUGCCACCCUUCAAAAUCAAAUAUGUGUUCAUCAAGCACAAUUCAUGAAACAACAGCUUGCUCAACAGCAGCCAAAUCUCACCCCUCACCACGGCACUCAAUCCUCCAUGGACAUUUUCAAACCGAAUGUCGAUCCCAUGUCCGGAUUACAGGCUGACUUUCGGGAUAUUUCAAUCAAAGACAUGUCACACCAAAAUCACCAAUCCAGACUCAAUCAGUGGAAACUCUCCUCCCUGGAAAAAGACGAAAAUCAAAUGAUAGAUCCCCUCGGAAACUCCGGGGAUUUCAGCCGGGCUCCCGGGCCCAUCACCUCUAAGCAAGGAACCAACUCUGGCUCGUUGAUGCAUCCACUUCUAGAACAGCCAGACAACACUUGGUCCGGACUGGGAGGUCGUGGUGAGUCCAGCUGGCCAGAUCCCGCCUCGUCGUCCGACAGCACGAACGUCCCUAACUCCACUUCCCUGUCUACAUUAGGCUCUGGACAAACUGCUGAAAACAAAGACGGUUCUCACUCAGCGACUGUUUCCACAUCCACCACCAAUUCUUCCACGUACAACCUUACUGACUUGGUUCCAGAGUUUGAACCUGGGAAGCCCUGGAAGGGUACUCAGCUGAAGAAUAUUGAAGAUGACCCACAUAUUACUCCUGGCAGCAUUGCAAGAUCCCCUCUAUCCGUCAACAACAUCAAAGAAUCCAAUUUGUUUUGGCCUCCUAAAUCUAGUCCAGCCAAUAGUGACGGUGUGGGGAAUUUACCUACUAACACAUGGAUGUACAGUGCUCCUCCAGUUGGCACUCCUAAUAGCUCAAGUGCAAAUUUGAAACCUGGAAAUGGUAAGUCGAGCUGGAGCUCUGAAAUUGGAACAACUAAUGACUUAUGGGGAUCAAUGCCAAAUAAAAAUUCUCGUAAUUCUGCUCCACAAGGGAUAUCCAAUCCAGGUUGGGAACGCCAGUAUAACUCAACAUUUUUGCUAUUGAGAAAUUUGACUCCUCAGAUUGAUGGCUCUACCUUAAAAACUCUCUGCAUGCAGCAUGGUCCAUUGCAGAUGUUUCAUUUGUUCUUGAACCGUGGAGUCGCUCUCGUUCGCUAUUCAUCUAGAGAAGAAGCAACCAAAGCUCAGUCUGCUCUCAACAACUGCGUCCUCGGCAACACUACCAUGCUUGCCGAUAUUCCGAAUGAAUCCGAAAUACAACAGUACCUCCAAGUGGCUUCUGGUCAAAGUAGCGGUGGUGGCGCUGGAGGCAAUUCAUGGCCACCCUCUCAGAGUAACAGUGGAUCAUCUAGUUAUCAGAGCAGCGGUGGCAGCUCCAACACUUAUUACGGCAAUUCCAACAACGGAAGCAGUGGCGGCAAUUGGAAUUCGAAUGCCCCAACCUCUCAACUCUGGUCAUUUUCUAACUCGAGCCUCUGGGGAUCAUCUCAGUCGAGCAACGAUCACGAUGCAAGUACAAAUCCUAUUAACUCCUAUCUGCCGAACGACUUGUUAGGUGGCGAGCCCAUGUAAAUGCUCAUUCACAGCUGAAAAGACUCUUCAGGGAGUAGAAUGUGAAUCGGACAACUGUGGGCUCUCGUACCUGCAGUCUUUUGUUUAAUGUGAUAUGAACUUUUAAGUGUUGCACUGGCCAUGUUAACUUCUUCCAGUAUGUGUAAUUGUCAACAUGAACUUAUGAUUGCAUAUGCUAGAGUGUGAUAUUUUCUCCCUUGGCUUAUGCAACACUGUAUUACUUCUUUUUCUUUUAGUUUUUCUCUUUUUUUUUCUUGAUCAUUGAAAACUGCCUAAAAACGAGCAAUUCAAUGCUCCCUUUACAAUCAUAGAAUAAUACUGACGAGAGAGCAAAUCAAAUGAUUAUUAAAGUAUUGAAAAACUGUCUCCAGUUUUUUAAGUGCCACAGGAGAAAAGCCUUAAGUAAAUUCUGCCAUAUCAGUUGGUUUUGGUGGAUUAUCGAAAUAUAUUUAAGAUGAGGAUUUGUGACGCGGGGCCGGCCAUUCAAACAAGAACGUUUUCCGAGUAUGGCCAGCUCCGAAUAAUUGAUUCCGCCACUUUUAAGAUUUGGACUGGAAUAUUGUAUGAUAUAUUUAAUUUUUUUUUUUGUUUCCAUUGAGAAAAAAAAAGUUUAUUUGAGAUUUAUGUAUCUUGUCAAUUUGUUGCUGUAUUUAAAUGUUAAUUUGUGCUAUUUUAUUCAGUAGAGAGCCUGAUUUCUUUUUUUUGUUAUUAAAGAAAAGGGUGUAUACUAUUAUAAUAUAUUAUAUUAAUAUUUUGAGAAAUGGUGUAAAAAUGAGUUAAGUUUGUGGUGUUUCUCUUAUGUAUUGUGUUUGGUAAGUCUUUCUGAAAAAAUUGAUUGCAUUUUUAACUUGUCGAAGUACAUAUUUGUUGAUUUUAGCUCCUAAUUUUUUCUUCUUUUUAUAAUGGGAGGGCGUCGUUUUCCAACUCUCGAGCCAAAAUGUUUUUUUCUUUCUCUUUUAUUUUUUACCUCCGGUUAAUCAAAAUCAAAUGUGCUUUUUUAAUCCCCCAUGUUCCAUUGAAUGCACUUAAGAGUUGGAAGCGUCCUUCACAGUUGAAUGUGUGCAAAAAUAAAAAUCAUUUUGUGUGUAUAUAUAUCUUAGUGAGAGAAUCCACUUGAAAAAAAAAAUGUGUGAUAAUUAAUAGUACAUGUAUCUGUUUUACUGAAAAUAACAAAGUAAAUAUAAAUAUCAAAUAGAGUUUUUUGGGAAAGGUGCUUUUUCCCAACGAGUCAACAGAAAAAUGUGAUCAGUGAUAUUUAAAAAGAAUUUAAAUCUAAAGUGCAUAUGAUGUAGUUGUAUACUUGGUGCUAAUGCUGGUAAACGACGUUUCGCCUAUAGAGUGCAACACCAAACAAUGGCCUUUUUCGUAAGAAAAAAAAACUCCUUUUUCUGCACUCUUGUGGCAAUCGUCAUUUACCGCCCCAUCAGCACUUUAUAGUUUGCCAAAGUUCACCUUUUAAUGAUCAAAUCAGAGAGCUUGCAGCAGAAUAUUUUAUCCUUUUUCCCCCCAACCCCUGUAUGGAAGCUGUAUAUAAAUAUUUUAUUGUGAAAUAAGUACUAAAUAAAAACUUCCAAAUUGCUAAAUUUGCGUUGUUCGAGUCGGUGGUUCUCAAAACGGGUAAGCCUACUCCUUCGUCGGGACUACGCUGUUACUAGGAUCGAGCCUAAUUUCUUUCCCCCACCCCCACAUUCCAGUGAAUUGAAAUUAUGGAAGCAGGGAUCAAGAGAAGCAUUUUUAAUGUAUUUAUGAUAAUGUGCAAUGGGCGUCUGCAUACCUAGAACAUUUUGAGAACCACACAUCUUAAUUCGGCCGUUCUGAUGGUAUGUAACCCCCGGUGAAUAGUCAAGUGAUAUUCUUCUUUUUUUAAAAAAAAAAAAAAAUUCUAGCAAUUUCUUGUGAUGUGUUUUAUCCUUUAUGUGUGACUGUGUGUGUGAGACUUAAUGUGUUGCAUUCUUUCCAAAUUAUAUAUAUAUUUAAUGGCCAUCAUGUUUAUUGUUCAAGGGUGUUAUGUUUUUGUUCAAUGUACCCACUCUGCUCAGAUGUUCUCUUCCCGUACCCUCCCCCUCUUCUUCACAAUUAAAGAAAACAACAAAAAAAAGUUAGCUUUUGUGAAACAUAUCAGCCUAUUUGUAAAUGAAUGUUUGGUUUCACCAUCUCUUCCCACCUCCAAACAAGACAUAGCCUUGACAGUGCCCUAGCCAAUCGUAUUUUAGACUUGUAUACUCAUUUUUUUUUUAAAUGAACUUUUAUUUUCUCUUCAUUUUUAAAUCAUCUACUGAACAUUGUUUUUGGAACAAACUCUCUCUCUCUCUCUCUUAGUGUACUUAAAAGUCAUUUGCAGUUUGGCAAAAGGGCUAGAAGGUUGCCACAACUUUUUCCCCUCGUGCCUCUCUGAAGCUUCAAGUUCUGGACCAAGCGGGUAUCAAAGCGAGCCUGCGACGGUUCUGUAGGCCCAAAGAUUAUCAUCCUGUGCCAUUUUAAGUGAUGAAUAUAUAUAUUAUAUACAUGCAUAUAUAUAUAUGAAACCUUAUUUAAUCAAAAGAAAAAAAAAGUUUGCUUUCCAUGCACAAAUGAAAGAAAAGAGGCUAAAGCAAACCAAUGGCCCAUCGUCGGCCAGAUUCGAGUCGUACUCAUCCAUCCUUUGUGUUAGUCUUGCGAGUUUUACAGCGAGCAAAAUUUAACUUACAUCAUUGCCUUACAGCAGAAGAAAUUUGCUUUGCUUCCCAACUGCUAAUAAACAAAAAAUAAACAAAAAAAUAAAAUAAAAAAAAAUUAACCUGUACAUAUGUAAAUGUUAAUGUAUGUGUUCUCUUGUGCUGUUCUUUGGUGGAAAGGGACAGCGAUUUGUAGGCAAGUUCUACCGUCCACGCUUCACCAUAUCUCUGGAAAGAAAAGAAAAAAAGUUUUAAGUUCCCGGUCAUCCGUCGUCGCAUUGUGGUGCUAGGUCACGACCAGCAUUCCGUUCUGACGUUCCUCCCUUCUGAUAAAAAGAAAAAUUCAUUUGCUUAUGUAGAAAGAAAAACAAAAGUGAUUACCAAAGAGCUGGACAGCAUUUAAUUGACAUUUUGAAAUGGGCUUUUACAUCGUGUUAUUCAAAAUAGAUAUAGUUAUUUGUAGCAAUCACUUUUUGUACUGGUCUCACUUUUUCUAUACCUUAUUUUCCUUCUUUAACUAAAAUCUGAUUAUUCAUACCUGCCGACAUCUGUUACCGUCACAAUUAUUUAUAAUUCUUAAAUGCAAAAGAUACCAAAUAUAAGAUUUAGAGGCCUAAAAUAUAUUUGACAUCUUUAUUAUGUGUUUUACAAAUUAAAAAGUAAACUGAAAAAUAGGUGACACUGUUUCCUGUUUGAUUAAUAAGGUAGCGAUCAUUUUCCACUUUGAAUUAAUCUGCUAAUUUUAAUCGAUAAUUAAUUAGUUUUCUAAUUUCAAUUUUAUUAUGUGUAGAUCUCAUUGAUUUAUAAUGCAAUAAAACUUUCUUUUAAAAAUACUUAUAUUGAUCUUAUCCCAAAAAUUUUGAUGUACUUGAAAAAUAACAUUUAUUUUAUAUUCAUUGCACUAGUUAUACUUAAUAAUAUAAAGCAUUUUUUCAGUAUUAUUUAUCAUAUUUAGUGUAUUCACCAGGUCAGUUAAUAUUUAUUUUAACGUUUAAAACGAUGACUGAUUCUUUCAAAAAUGUUUAAAUUUUUAAUAGUUCAUAGAUGUUGGCAGAUUAUUUUUUAUUUCAGUCUUUUGUUUAUUAAGUUCACUAAUUGAUAAAUCAAUUUCUUAUUUUUGAAAACUUUUUUUUUUAUCAACAAUCUUUAGGGAAGCAAAAAUGGACCAAGUUUCCCCUUAUAAUUCUUGUUUUUAAUAAUUUUUUGUAUUUUAAUUAGAAUUUUUAUAUGUGCUAUUAUUGAAAAGUUGUAAUUCAUACAGUACUCUAUUCCGACGCAAUCGUGAAGGAGCCUAUUCCAAUAUCUACUGGUUUAUGCAUAUUGUAUUUGUCAAGAACUUAUAAUAUUGCCUAAGUGGCAAGUUCCGUGUCAGUUAUUUAACACUGAAACUUCUCAUGCAUGUAAAUCACUUUUUUUUUUCAAAGGGAAAAAAUAUAUUUUGCAGUUGCAUUAAUCCUUAAUGAUGAAUUUGUCACAGUAAAAGUAAUGGGCAAUAUAUUUUAAAUGAUAGGUUUAGUUUUUUCCCUUAUUGUAAACGUAUAUAUUUUUAUGUGAAUCAUCCAUUGAGCAAGCUACUACAUUUCUGCUAUAUAAAAAAUUUAAAAAAAACCAUAAAAGGUAUUAAACUCUAUUUUUUUACAAGUAUGAAGCUCAGAAAAUGCAUUUCUCACUUUCCAAGUAUUUCUAAUUGAAUUCAAACUGCCGAUUUAUCAUCGUAUUUAUCAACUGUGACUAUGCAUCAGUCUUUUUUUUUAUUUUGCAAAAAAAAAAGAACUUAAGCAUGAUUUUGAAAAUCUACAUAAUUGUGAUAAUCAUGAAUUUUUUUAUGCAAAUUUCCAAUUCUUGUAUGUUAAUUUGCAAUUCUUUGAAAAUGUUUCUAAAAAUAGUGAUGCUUAUGCUUUGUGUCCUAUGUUAUGCAACUAAUACUCAUUUUAGGUAAUGUAUUAGCAUAUUGUUUUCAUUACCGAGUAUUUUGAUUGUAAAAUUAAAUGAAAUAUUUCCUGUGCCACGUAUAUAUUCUGUAUUUAUUAGCUAUUUUUUGGCAGCUGUAAAUAUGAUGUAAAAUACUGCUUUGAAUUAAUUUAUUGCUUGUUACUAGGGUAAACAUAUGCAAUAAGGCAUAUGCAUUAAACCAAUUGAAAGCACAAAAUAAUUUUAAAAUAACUAUACGAUUUUUAAAAUGCAUUCACUUAAUAUGAUUUUUAACUAUUUUCAUAUCAAGUGUAGUUUUGUUUUUUAAAUAAAAUUGCCAUCAAAUUUUUUUUAACUUAUUUUAUGAAUAAAAUUUUUAGAGCUUUGUGACUUAAAUCUUUGAGCUUUUUAUUUGUAAUUAGGAAAUUCAAUAUUGGUGUGGGGUUUAAUGAAGGAAUUUUAUUUAAAAUUAAUUGAAUAUUCUUUUUCUAAAAUUCCUAGGUUCAUAUGAUUUUGAUCAAAAGUUUCGAUGUAAAAUUAUUUAUUUAUUUUUUAGUAAAUACCCGGAAUUAUCAUGAAUGUUAAAGUGUGAAGGAUUUUUUUUGUAAAGGCAAUUUGAUAUUAAAUUGAUACAAUUUUACGAAAUCUGAUAUUUUAUUUAUAAAGAAUAUAUUUGGUGUAUUAUUUCAGUUAUUAUAUUCAUUUCCCAAUAGCAGGACUGUUAUUGUUUUCAUUUGCUAAUAGGAUAGGAUAAAUCAGCUUUUAAAAUAUAGUUUGUACAAUUUGUGUCUGAAAAAAGUAGAAAACUAUGUGUCUGACGACCCAGGACAAGAACAUAGAUAAAAUUGGCUAUUUGGAACUGUGCCGAAUUUUCAAUUUAUUAAAAAGUGUAAUAUGUCAAUACAUUUGCAUAAUUGUUAGUGUGUAUGUUUACCUUAGUGAUACUGGUGUAGUGAUUUCUUUCAAAAACUUGUCAUCAUAGCAGUUUGUACUAGAGCUUAACGCACAUCUAACUAGUGAGUGGACAACCAGUGACCAUUCCAACCACUCACUGGGCAAUAACUAUUUGAAAUUCUUAUCUUUAUUAAACUGGUUUUUAAUUUAAUGAAAUUGAAUGGGUUGUUUUUAUUUUCUGAGGACAAAAACGAAAAAAAAAAUUUAGUGGGUCUCAAAUUCACUCGAGCUUAAAAGAAAAAUAAAAAGUUUACAAUUUCUGAACAAAAUCUUAUUUCAUGCCUAAAACUAAGAUGAAAUGCCUCUUUGAUUUUGUAAACUUGAUCGACUAGUCAGAAUUGUGACUCUCGGAUAUUUCGGUAUUUUUUAUACUGUAAUUCGUAUUAACAAUAAUCCAGUGGAUGUAGCUGCAAUAUACGACUCAAUAUUCCAUUGUAUUGCUCAGAAUAGCAUAACUCCAUUUGGGACUACCUAAACAUGCUUCAAUGUUUGUAGUUGUGAGACGUAAUAUUGACAAAAGGGGUGCCAGGUCUAGUUUAUUUUCCUUGCAAAUAGAUUCGUACACUUACUUAAAAAUCCUUUAAAAAGUUUAAAUUAAAAAAAAAAAAAAAAAAAACUUUUUUAAGGCCCUUAAAAAGUGCAUAUUUUAUUAUUUUUUGAAUCUUUCAUUGUUUUUUUGGAUGCUUUGCCAUUUUUAGAAUGUUUAAAUUUGGUACCCAAUUUUUCCAGGAUUUUAACAUCGUAGAUCCAGGAUUCUUAUUUUUAACAUCGUAGAAAAAAAGUUGAUGCUAACAAUUUAGGAUUCUUUUUUUUUCCUAUCUGUUUCUUUUAUUCUGAAUUUUAUAAAAGAAUUUGAUAUAGUGUUUCUUUUAUGUGUAAUUCAGGGAUUUGAUUUGUAAUUUAUUUUAAGCCACUGGUUAUAUUUAUAAAUUAAUUUUAUUUGAAAAUAACUAAUUAGUUUGAAUGUUCUUAAAGUAAACAAUUUUUGUUCAUUUCAAUCCAUUAAAAAUCUAUUCAAAAGCGUUUUUUUUUAUUUAUUAAAUUUAUUAUAGCUAUUUCCUUCUUGAUUUUUUAACAUCUAUUGGCUAACUACGGAGAAAUUGUUCUGAUUUAAUUGCAGAAUAUAUGAAAAUUUGUACGCAAAAAAUAAAGGAAAUUUGAUAUAAUGUUUUUCCCUCGCCUAUGCCUUAAGUUAAAAAGGUGCUCACGAAAUUAUAUUAGGUUAAAGUCUGCUGGCAUCCCUUGAACAUCAUUUGGCAAUGUUGAUUUUAAUCCUAUAGCGAUGAUCUCUUGCCUUAUCUCAUUUUAGGAAUAGGUGUUGUGCCAAAAUGCUUAAUUAUAAAUUCAUGGAGCCUUAUCUCAACACUGUGCGCUAAUCGAAUGUGAGAAUAAAUUAUAAGCAGUAUUUUUAUUCAGUUCCCUUUUUCGCUUCUCACUUUUUUGCCUUUAAUGUGAUAGAUUCACUGGUGAACUUAUGUGAUAGAAAUGACUCUCCCUAACUCCUUGCUUUUUAUUUUUAAAGCUUACAAAGCAGUGUAUAUAUAUGUGUGACUACCAUAUGUGCAGAAAUUCAUCUCAUUAGUAUCCAUAUUCACACAUGACGUAAUUCCUAUGAGUUUGAGACCCGUGUCUUUUUCCUAAUCAAAAGGUGGAUGUUCCGAAGGGCUGCUCAAAAUUUUUUCACAAUCUUGUAGUAUUUUUUAUGAAACAACUUGGCUUUCACUUAGUAAUAAAUAAGCAGCGUUUCCCAAAUUGGGUUUUGCGGACACCUUUGAAAAUUUGAAUUGCUUGUUGUGAUGCCAUUUCAAAAUGCCAAAACUUCUGUGAAUUCCUCUAAUUGUAUUAAAAUGAAAUGUGUCUUGUAUAUAAAUAGAUGUUCCUUUUUCAUUCAUUUAGUAUUUUUUAGCACUUAUGUUGUUAUGAAUUAUUCUGUGUAAAGUUGCUCACUUUAAGGAACUUUGUAUAUAAUGCUGCAGUAUUUAUUUCAAUGUUAAUGCAUCUUUCACAAAAAGCAUGAAAUCAAUUUCAUAGGGAGCAGAUUUAAUUUUGAAAAGGAAUUAAUCUUUUUUUAUAUAUAUAUAUUGGUUUUAAGAGUAGCUGUUUUUUGUUUAAAAUAUUUAUUACUUUUCUUCAUAUUUUUUCCUUUUUCUUAAAGCUCAUUACAUUUGAAGGAAAGAAUAUGCGUAAAUCAUUGUUUAUCGAAGUGUCAAUCUAGUUUCUCUGUCACAAAAUGUGGAUAUAAAAACUAGUGUUUUGUUUAUUUAAGAAGUAUCUUGUAUCGAAAUCUUAAAUAUUGUUUAGUUUAAAAUUUUUCUGUUUCGUUUUAUUUGCAAUACCACUUGUUAUAAUAGUUUACUUUUCCUGGCUGUUUAAAUUUACUAUUGUAAAUAAUAAUAAAAGAUUAAAUGCUUAAAGAAGCUGAUUAUCAUUUCAUUAGAUAUCUGAUUUUAAAAAAAAAUUAAGCAAUGGAAUUAAGAUGUUCUUCCACUGUUAUAAAAAAAAGGGGGGGAAACUAAUUCCACAGGAAUAGGAGUUACAAAUUGUACCUGAUAUUAAUUAUUAAACAUGACAACUUAUUACUUAAAAUUUGUUUAAGAUUUAUAUGUAAAUGGUAUAUGAAAUCUGUUAUAUAAAUAUAUAUAUAUCAUAUUAUUAGACCAAAUGUGUUCCUUUUUCGCAACUGUGUGCUAUUAAGUUCUGGCAUUAGUGGGGUUUUUUUGUGCAUUCCUUAAUUUUUACUGUGUGUUAUGACUUAAUUAUGGUUUUCAUUGUAGAUUCAAUGAAUAUUUGGGAUAAAGGGUCCGCAGGUGAUAAUAGUUUGAGAAACGCUGGAAUUGUUUUGAAUACUUACAGGUGGCUGUGUUCAUAAUCUCAAAGUCUUUUUUAUCUGGCAUUUUAUUUAUACUUGUUUGUUUUGCUGUGUAAAUUAUUUUACAGAAGAAAUUAUUCGUCAAUCUGUGUCUUAACAUUUCCAAAGAACUACCAAAUUCAUUUUCAUUGUUUUAUACUUAUUAAAUCAUAUCAUUGCGUGAAAAUCUUUUUUUUUCUUCUUUUUUUUUGGCAUUGUAUACUUUUAGUAUUAAUUUUGUUUUGUAAUGGACGGAUUAUAUCUAGUGCAAUUACUUUAUAUGUAUAUUUAUAUCAAUAUGCUCAUGAAAGAUUAUAUAAAUAAUAUUGUGCCAAACUAAUGAAUGUAAACAAAACCCAUUUUGUUUCACGUUAAUUAUUGCCAUUUUAUCAAAAUUCUACCCUUAUUACUUAAAACGUGCAUUUCUCAGCCCUUAAAGAUAACCGGCAGUAGCUAUCUCAACAUUUUUUGAACUUCUGUUGUGCGUGAGAUAGUUGCCUUUCAUUGCAUUUUUCUCUCUGCCGGCCUAGUCAAAAACAUAAAAAGUAAGUAAUCAAAGAUUUCCAGAGCUUCACUCUGGUUAGUUCCGCUGAGAUUUUCACACUGACCGGUGGUCGUUAGUGGGUUUAGAUUUUGAAAAACAAAAAUGUGCCUUCUUAAUCUUUCAACAAAAAUAUAUAUAUAUAUAUAUCUAUAUGACGCAACGAGCCCGCUUUGAGAUUGGAACUAGCGAAAUAACAUUUUCCUUGUGGUUCUGAAUAUGUAUUGUCCUUUUUUCUACGACAAUUCAGUAGCUUUUCUGAUUGUCCUAAAAAAAGAAAAAUUAUGAUGUUGAGUUUAUGCAUUCUAUAAAUAAAAUUUAAAAAAAAAAAUCAUAAUGAGUGAUUUCUUUUGGGAGAAAUCAGAACCACUUGGAACGUCGAAUGCAAAACUGGUCCAAUAAAAUCGCCAUCAUCGGCUUAGCCGAAAUCGUCUAUGCACACUUUUCCAGAUGUGGAAGCACGUUUGUUAGUGCCACACUUUCCAAGCUUUGACCAAAUGCAUUCUGUUUUUAUUUAAAAUUAUGACACAGUGUACGGAGACCCCAAUUCUUAUGCUUUUAUUCACAAUACAUGUGCAUAUUGUUCCUGGAUUAUAAAACAUGCGCUCUUGAUUGUACAGGUAAAAAUUUUUGUGUAUUGAUGUUAUGUAAAACAUUGUAAGCAGUAGUAAUUGUAAAUGAGUGUGGUUGUUUUCUGUUGCUCAGGGGUAUCUAAUAAUAUGUGAUCUGAAGUUGUUUUGAGCAUUAUUAGAUUAAAUUGUUCCUUUAUUAUUAUUAUUAUAAAAAAAAAAAAACUAAGUGUCGUGUAGUACUAGUUUUAGAGAUGUUAUUUACGGAGCAUGGAUCUUCUAAGUGGCCUGCUUAUGUUAACCCAUGUCCCUGACUAAUUGCUCGGUGCAAGAUUCAAAUAUAAAUACACUGCCACCAUUGCAUCCCUUUUGUGGCGAUUUUUCUUUCUUUUUAGUUCUUCCACCUAGCAAUUACUUGGGAGUGAUCUUGAAUGAUUGUUCUAAAGCCAUUUUGUGGCUUUCAUUUAUGAAAAGAUAGUGCAACGGUUUUAUAUGUAUUCAAUUUAAUAUGUAUAAGGCUGGCCUUGUAAUUUUUGCUCAGAUAUGUAUAAGACAGUGAUUUUCGUGUUACCACCUGUGCAAACACAUUGUUCCUUUUAAAUAAGAUAUAUUCCUGCUUUAUUAUAUAUAUAACAAAAAACAACAAACAUAAUUGACCAAGAAACCAUUGUUGCCACUAAAGUCAACAUACGUUUAUAAGUGUGUAUCAUAACUUUUCUUGCUGGUUUGUAUUUCAAAGUGUAAGAUAACUUGUAGAAUAUGAAAAAUAAAAAAAAGUGUGUAAUGUUUUCUCUUGACAACAACAUGGUUGCAAAUCAGUAUAUAUUUCAUGAUCUGAUCGUCCCUGUGAUUUGUGCACUUAGCAACCACCAGGGUACAAAAAGAAGGGCGCCUCAUCUGAGAAGCAUGCAUCUGAAUUAUGAAAAAAAAGAGAAGGGAAGAGAGAUCAUCCCAGUUUUUUCUUCCCUCUUAAAACGAGCUCUUUUGAGAAAGAAAAGAAGAAAAAAAAAUAUACAUAAAUGAUGAUAAAUAAAACAAAUCUUUUGUGAUAAGUUGGGAAGUACACAUUCCUUCCUCUCUCUCUCGCGUUGCUGUGUCAAAUGCACAUAUUUUGAGGCCUUCACAAUCAAUUCUUGGAUAUCUCUCUUCGCUUCUCACGUUGAGAAUACUUAUGUGAUGUUAGCUGAUUUUUUGUACUGUACUGGGGGUAACUUUCAGCAUUAAAAAGUAUUGUGUAAUCUGUA